CUCUCCUCCAGAUCCGGUGCUCCUCUCCGCCGCCUCCCUCCCGCAGCUCCCAUAUUUUUCCGUCGCUCGCGCGCCCGACGCCUCCCUCCCGCGCUCCCGGAGCUUAUGCGCGCCAAAUCUCCCGCCAGCAUCUCCUUCUCCCGCGCACGCCUCUGGCUUUCGUUCCAGACCAGGCUCCGGCCAGAUGAGAACGCUCCACCAGUAGCUAGGCUUCAUUUUCCUUUUUAAUGGCUCAUUUCCAUCCCCUGAUCUAGCGCUAAAAUUUAGUCCCCAAUUCAUCUCUAAGGAAAAUCGAGUUUCAGAUGGAUUUGUUAGGGAAGGGUGGUGCGCAACAAAAGAAAUCAAAGAAGUCUUCUCCAACCUCCAGAAAAUCAACUGUUGUUCCGGCCAUGGCAUCUGCAGGCAGUGCAGGCGUUGCAGCUCCAAGCACGGGUGGUCGAAGUAGUUCUCAUCCAUUUUCUGUGGUUUGGGAUGGGAUGGCACUUGGAGGCUCAUUCGCGUCUGAAUCAUCUCCCACCAGCUCUGAAUGGCUAUAUCCACCAGGCGGGUUUGUAAAUUCUCUAAGGAUGCCAUUUCCUUAUGCUACCUAUCCGAAUGGCAGCCAACUUCCAGAAAACUCCCAUUUUGUUGGUUGUACAAGCAACAAAGGGACUCCAUCACCAACUAAUGAUAAAGGGACUCCUAUUGCAGAAGUACAUGAUUCAAUUGACAUUGACGCCGAUGACACCCUAGAGCCUGCUAGAACUGACAAACGAUUGAAUUGGUCACAUGAAGAAGAUGUUAGAUUGGUUAGUUCUUGGCUACAAAAUUCACUAGACCCGGUCGAUGGAAAUGAUAAGAAGUCAGAUUAUUACUGGACAGAUGUUACUAAUACGUACAACAGCACCACGCCAAGUAACCGUAGGAGAAACCGUAACCAAUUGAAAAUUCGUUGGGACCGUGUUAAGAAACCUUUAAGUGAGUUUCAUGGCUGUUGGGUAAGGACCACUAGAGUGUUCCAAAGUGGGCAGAGUGAUGACCAAAGGACAGAUAAUGCAUUGCAGCUAUAUGCAUCUGAACAUAAUGGCAAGCCUUUCUUGCUGCAACAUAUAUGGAGAGUAGUACGACAUGAAAGGAAGUGGGCUGCAUAUGUGGACAAACUUAUUAAUGCAAAGGACAACCGUGCAACACCAAGUCCUGUUGUGAAUGUAGAAGAUUCACCUACAAAGCGUCCUACUGGGAAGAAAAAGGCCAAAGAAGAGCGCUUUGGAAAACGAAAGGCACCAGAAGCUAUUUCUGCAAUUGGAGAGAAACUAGAAAAAUUCAUUGAAGCAAGCAGCAAGGUUGAGAAGAUGGCACAAGUGCAACAAUGUUUGGCUGACAAGAAGUUAGAAGUAGCCAAGAUUAAUCACAAAGCAGCCCAAGAACAAACAAAGUGUAAAAUGAUAGACCUUUAUAAAGAUUUAUUGUGUGGUUCCACGGCUGGUCUUAGUGAAGAAGCUCUAGCUGAGAGAUCAAAAGCUUUAGAGUGUAUGAGAUUGUCUUUAUUUGCUCCAGAUAAUUAAGGAGCUUGAUCGGAAGGUUUUUAUAUGCACAUGGAGAGGCUGGAUCUGUGCAUGGAGACCGAACCUGGGUGUGCUAAUGUUCAUGUCGAUCAAAAGUUGUUGUCCAUCUCAGAUCUUUGCUAUCUAUAUAUUAAGAGAAGUUUGCUAUAAUUAUAUAUUACUAUGUAUUAUGGACUACAUUAUAUUUAUCAACAUGGAUACUGUUUUACUAUGGAUUAA